UGGGGUUCUUGCAACGCUUUUGGUGCUCGGUUUUUGUGCUCCUUGUAACCCACAGACAUUGUCCGUUUUAUUCACAAACAGUAAGCUAGUAACCCAGAAUUAGUCAAGAUGAUGCAUAUAUGAUCAUCGAAUUGAGAUAAUCCGAUCUUCAGGAAGAAGGGAUGCAGAAUACUAGCCUCGGGAUCACUACUACAGAGCUUUUUAAGGACUUUAAGAUUAGUUUUCUAAGGUCUUAAAGUGUUUAUGAAACUGUUGUUUCCAUUUUGAGGCAGUGCAGUUGGCAAUGGGAAGAGAUAUAACUAAAUGUUUCCUUAAUGAAAUAUCAGGUACUGUUGCAGUAAUUACUUCUGAUGGAAGAAUGAUUGUGGGAACACUCAAAGGUUUUGAUCAGACCAUAAACUUGAUUUUGGAUGAAAGCCAUGAACGAGUGUUCAGUUCUUCACAAGGAGUUGAGCAAGUAGUGCUGGGCUUAUACAUUGUAAGAGGUGAUAACGUUGCUGUGAUUGGUGAAAUUGAUGAAGAGACAGAUUCUGCUCUUGACUUGGGGAAUAUUCGAGCUGAACCUUUAAACUCAGUUGUACACUGAAAAGAUAAAAAUGCACAGGGACUUUGUAAAUCUUUGGUUGUACAGACCUAUUUAGCAAUGUGCACAGUUUUUACAAAUUGUGUUUAAUUUGUUUGGUCACCAGUUUUUUAUUAUGAAUAUGUUGUAGUUUUGCAUGUAAAUUAAAGUUUCUACGUUUUGCUAAA